AAAAGACGAGGAUUUGUUUGUUUGUGCAAAACGAGAGAGCGGAAUGUUGCCGCCGCAUUUGGAUUUGCUACGCAUAUUGCAACACCUCUGUACGCUCCACGAACGCGGAGCCGAAGACAACGGCAUAUAGUGUCAUAAAUAUUAAUAAGUUUCGUAAUUACGAGUCAUGUGGGAGCAAACGUGGAAUCGAGAAUGCAUCAGCGAUUCCGCUUGCGUUGAGAUAUAUCGAUACUUCUGUGCGCCUGUGACAGUCGAAUUCUGACGCGUUUAGCGUAAAGCCGCAUGUAAAAAGCAUGUUGGUCGGGGUUUGCUUGCUCGUCACCGCAAUCAGCGCGGCGGCCGGCGUGUACACGACAAUCAGCAGCAAGGCUAGCAAUGUUACGUUCAAGUAUAUGAAAGGUGUUCAGGGGGAGAGCGAUUUACAUCUCUGUGAAUCUCACGAGGUAUGCAAUGUGGUCCACGACCGGUUUUGGAUGUCCGGUUUGACGGAAAGACUGUGCCGUUGUCCCGACGGGAGGGAGUGUCCGUGGCAGUGGACGAAAAUUGUGGACGAUUCGUCCGCGAUACUCGACAACAAGUCGCUUCUCAAGUUUUGCACGCAACUAGUGGAGCUGGAGACAUGCGCGCACAGGCAGGAGGCGGUGAUAGUGCAUGGAGAAGGCGAUACGAGCAACAGCUACAUUAUACCAUAUAACGUAACGGUGAAUUGCGUGUGUCCGCAGACGCAUUACUGGAAGUUGCAAAAAUACACGUACGAGGAGCACGGUCUCGUUCAGGUGUUCAGGUGUGUCAAGAAGAGAAUGUGCGAGACACUGGAUUUCUGCGGCUUCAUACGAGCUGACCUGUAUUCGACGUAUUAUAGAUGCACAUGCCCUGAGAGGCACCUGUGCAUCUUCAAGGACAAGACAGAAGUAAACGUGCAAGAGCUGCUCUACUCUGGGCCCGCUUACAUGGCUUACUGCUACCGCUCGUGAAGGUACAGAGGCAUCACUGCGAGAUUCGACAUUCAACGAGUCCGAAGAGAAGUCUGCUUGGCUGCGCCACUUGUGUGUAAUUAUUGUGCAGAUUAACGCGACGUAACGCAGAGUAACAAAGCUCGGCAACGGAAUAUAUCCGCGAUGAACAAAUGAAUGUAUGUCCAUAAUGAUAACAACGAUAAACUACCUCGACAAACCCCAAUGAA